AUCGCUAUUAUUAUAGGAUAUAACGCGCAAUACCGCCUCUAUCUAUAUAUAAAAACUAAACUUAUAUAUACGGAUAAUAAAUAUUCUACUCUAGUCGUUAUAAUUAUCGAUAAAUAUCAAGGAAUGAAGUUUAACGUUAUUAUCAUCGACUUCCUCGUGAUCGAUACUCCCGGUUUCUUAGCUAAAUACGCUCGCGUCAACGUUAGAAUAAGUCGUGUUCGCUUCGUAUUAUACGUCUUAGAUAAUAAGGAA